GCGGCGCGGGCGCGGGAGGCAUUCCAGGCGCGAUGUCGGUGCCGCUGCUCAAGAUCGGGGUUGUGCUCAGCACCAUGGCCAUGAUCACCAACUGGAUGUCCCAGACGCUGCCCUCGCUGGUGGGCCUCAACACCACCAAGCUCUCGGCGGCCAGCGGCGGGACGCUCGACCGCAGCACCGGCGUGCUGCCCACCAACCCUGAGGAGAGCUGGCAGGUGUACAGCUCUGCCCAGGACAGUGAGGGCAGGUGCAUCUGCACGGUGGUCGCCCCCCAGCAGACCAUGUGUUCACGGGAUGCCCGCGCGAAACAGCUGAGGCAGCUACUGGAGAAGGUGCAAAACAUGUCUCAAUCCAUAGAGGUCCUGGACAGGCGGACUCAGAGGGACUUGCAGUACGUGGAGAAGAUGGAGAGCCAAAUGAAAGGGCUGGAGUCUAAGUUCAGACAGGUGGAGGAGAGUCAUAAGCAACACCUGGCCCGGCAGUUCAAGGCGAUAAGAGCGAAAAUGGAUGAACUUAGGCCUUUGAUACCUGUGUUGGAAGAGUACAAGGCCGAUGCCAAAUUGGUAUUGCAGUUUAAAGAGGAGGUCCAGAAUCUGACGUCAGUGCUUAACGAGCUGCAAGAAGAAAUUGGCGCCUAUGACUACGAUGAACUUCAGAGCAGAGUGUCCAAUCUUGAAGAAAGGCUCCGUGCAUGCAUGCAAAAACUAGCGUGUGGCAAGCUGACGGGCAUAAGUGACCCCGUGACCAUCAAGACCUCCGGCUCGAGGUUUGGGUCCUGGAUGACGGACCCUCUGGCCCCAGAAGGUGAUAACAGGGUCUGGUACAUGGACGGCUACCACAACAACCGCUUUGUCCGCGAGUACAGGUCGAUGCUGGCCUUCAUGACCACGGACAAUUUCACGUCGCACCGCCUCCCGCACCCCUGGUCCGGCACGGGGCAGGUGGUCUACAACGGCUCCGUGUACUUCAAUAAGUUCCAGAGUCACAUCGUCAUCAGGUUCGACCUAAAGACAGAGACGAUCCUCAAGACGCGCAGCCUGGACUACGCCGGCUACAACAACAUGUACCACUACGCCUGGGGCGGCCACUCGGACAUCGACCUCAUGGUGGACGAGAACGGGCUGUGGGCUGUCUAUGCCACCAACCAGAACGCGGGCAACAUCGUCAUCAGCAAGCUGGACCCUGUCUCCCUGCAGGUGCUGCAGACCUGGAACACCAGCUACCCCAAGCGCAGCGCCGGUGAGGCCUUCAUCAUCUGCGGGACCCUCUACGUCACCAACGGCUACUCGGGGGGCACCAAGGUCCACUACGCCUACCAAACCAACGCCUCUACCUACGAGUACAUCGACAUCCCCUUCCAGAACAAGUACUCGCACAUCUCCAUGCUGGAUUACAACCCCAAGGACCGCGCCCUGUACGCCUGGAACAACGGCCACCAGAUCCUGUACAACGUCACCCUCUUCCACGUCAUCCGGUCUGAUGAACUGUAGAGCGUCCCCCCCACCCCGGCCUGGAAUCCGAGGGUCCGCGUCCCCCACCCACCUGGAAAUUCCUGUGGAACAGCUGCCAAAUUAAUAUUGGUGAGACGAACAAGGCUAAUUCGGAAAAAGCAGCAGCAGCGUGGACUCCGGCAUCACGGGGCGGCGUUGCCCCCGUGUUUCUCCAGCUCCAGCCAGAGGGC